CUGAUGGCCUUUUUAGGGGCCAUUAAUAAUGGAAUAACCCUGCAACAGAUUUUUACAGGAGAUAAUGGAAUAAUAAUGAACACCCUAAUAUUCCGCUUCACUCUUCAAGAUUUGUCUUACUGAGUUGACGCUACUCAGAACCGAGUCAUACAAUGUCUCAUUUGUAAGCAAAUUCUUAAGUCCACCUAACUAGUUCCUUGACGGUUAAAGCGGAAUAUAAUGUGGGUUUAUAGCCGUGCAUAGUUAAGCCGUUCAAUUCUUUGAAAUGUACGUAUCCAAUGUUUCGAUUAGAUUGACUCGUUCAGCGCCAACCAGUUUAUUACCUGUUCAUCUGAUGUUCUUUGUCUCCAGUUUCUAGAAAGGGUCGUCAUGGAUAACGUAGACGAAAUUCUACUAGCUGUCCUUAUAGGCAUUGGAGUUGCCCAUUACCUUCUCAACACCUUUAGUAUUCAAAGAGCUAUUGAAGUAUUCAAGGAAUGUUUGGUUCUUCUAAACAACAAAGCUGUGGAAAAGCAAAUGAAUCUCAUCAAGUAUAAAACGGAUCUAUAUUUUCAAAUAUUCAAUGCUCAUCUUCGUGACGGUGAUGAUGCAAGUGCCUUGGAGAGUGGUAGAGACCUCCUGGUCUACCUUCGUGAAACUGGACAGAGAGAAAUGGAAGGUACCUUGAACUUUAACCUGGCGGAAUUGUUUGAACGCCAAAGUAAAUACCGAGAAGCGAAGGACUUCUAUGAAGAAGCACUCAACAUCAUGAAAGAGACUGGUGAUAAUCAAGGAGAAGAAACUUGCUAUGGAUGCUUAGGCAGUCUUUUUGAAACUCAGGGAGAUUAUGCCAAGGCUGAAAAAUAUCUUCAAAAGGGACUCGCAAUUGCAGAAGAAAUCUCCGACAGAGACGGAGAGGCUGCUUGUCUUGGGAUGUUAGCAAAUGUCUGUCAGUCCCUCUGUAAAUUUCUAAAAGCUGAAAAACAUCUUCAACAAGCAAUUAAGAUUGCAAGAGAAAUCGGCGAUAGAGAAGGAGAAGCCUGUUAUUUCGGACACCUGGGUUCUGUUUAUGCGUCACUCGGUGAAUAUGGUAAGGCUAAAGAUUGCCACAAUAAGUCACUUACCAUUGCAAUACAAAUGGGCGACAGAGACAGAGAAAGCUCCUGUUACAGAAACCUAGGAACCCUCUCUCAAUCGGUCAGAAAAUUUGACGAAGCUGAAAAGUAUCUCCAGAGAGCGCUUGCGAUCAAGAAAAAUUUGGGCGCGAAAAAAGAAGUAGCAGCACUUUACGCAGACCUUGGAGUUUUAUCUAUGUCGCUUUGUGAAUAUCUUAAAGCUAAGGAAUAUUUUCUGAACGCGCUUUUUAUCAAGAAAGAAAUGGGUGACAGAAAAGGAGAAGGCAUGGUGUAUGGAAAUUUCGCAUCCGUUUUUCAGUCUCUUGGUGAAUACGCGAAGGCUGAAGAAUAUCUUCAGAAUGCAUUACAGAUUAUGGAAGAAAUGUGCGACAAAAAUGGAGAAGCAUCGUGUUAUGGAAACCUGGCAACUGUGUUUCACUCUAUCGGCGAAUAUGCCAAGGCUGAAGAUUAUUCCCAGAAAGCUCUUGCGAUCUGCAAAGAUAUGGGUAACGAAAAAGGAGAAGCGACAAACUAUGGUAACUUGGGAGCCGUGUUUCAAUCUCUUGGUGAGUUUGCCAAAGCCAUAAAAUACCACGAGAAAGCUCUUGCGUUAAGAAAGAAAAUUGGCGACAAAAAAGGAGAAGCAGAUGAUUACGGAAAUCUGGGAACGCUUUUUUACUCUACGGGCGCCUAUACUAAGGCUCAGGGAUAUUACGAGCUCGCCCUUUCGAUCAGAAAAGAAAUCAGCGAUAAAGGAGGGGAAGCAACCGAUCAAGGAAACCUGGGAAAUGUGUUUCGAGAUUUGGGGGAAUAUAGCAAGGCCUGCGAAUAUCACAAUAAGGCUCUUUCAAUUUGCAAAGAGAUCAGGGACAUCAGAGGACAAUGCGAAUGGCACUUUUACCUAGCAUUAGACAUUCUGGCUAAAGGAGACACACAAGAAGCGUUUUCUAAUCUCUAUGCUAGUAUCCAUGAAAACGAAAAUCUUCUGGGAUUUCUUGGCAACAGUGACCAGUUCAAGAUAGCCUUUCUUGAAGAGCACGCUCUUUCCUAUCAACUACUCAGUAAACUGUUUUGCGAUGCUGGGAAAACUUCUGAUGCUCUCCACGUGGUGGAGCUUGGGCGAGCCAGAGCGCUGAGGGACUUGAUGUCAGCUCAGUACUCUGUGGAGAAGGAAAUAUCAUUCAGUCCACAGACACGUGUUAGUAUUGAAAAGGUCAUGGAAAGAGAAAGCUCCGUUUGUUUAUACCUUUCAUACUUUGGACAAUUUCUUUUUCUGUGGGUUCUGAAGGCAUACAAACCCAUUGUCUUCCGAAGAAUAGAUGUAAACGACUGCCUUCUCGACAAAGCAAUGGAACGAAGUGUUGACGAAGUACUUACCAGUAAAACCUUAAUCAGAAAGUUUAAGGUAUUGGAUCAGCAAACUUGUGAAGACCGAUCAUGUUACCAGCCUCAAAUGUCAGCCGCUGGACAAGCGAAUCAUGCCCAGAAGAGGACCCGACAGACAAAAUCCAAGAUCUGGAAGUGA